UACGUGUACAGCGGUAGUCUCGUCGUGCCGAUUCGAAGCCUCGCUUACUUGUGGUUACGCAUGCCUGACGUCCGAACAAUAAUAUUGUAAUCAAUACAAUUUCAAAAAAGAAAAAGUCAAGGUGCCAAAACUAAAGAUGAAGAUACGUAAUCCAGGUAAUUUCCGUAGUGUACGGAAACUCUACGUUAAAAAGCGCACUCGCCCGAGAUUCAAAGUUGGCAGGAAGCGAUUACAUCACGCGAGGAUCCACUUCCAGCCGUCGCGCUUCAAUGAGACCGUCGAAUCGGACGAUGACCCGUAUCUCCGAAUGGAGAAGCUCCUCGAAAAGCAGGAGAAGAACUACAUAGAGUGGUUAAGACGGCGUGGGGGCAGAUUCACGAUACAAGACGAGAUCUUCGACACGCGGAACAAGAGGUGGCGGUGCGUGAACAGCGACAAGACGUUCAAAAUUCAAGCAAAGAGACACGCGAGGCGGAAACAUUGGUACGUCGCGCCUACGCCGCUCGCCAAUCGUUGGGGUCUCGUUCGGUUGAGGAGAGAUCGGCGGCAGGAUCUGCAUCUCAUCGUGGGCCCGAGAAGGAGACCCAAGAGAUUAAUGAAGUAUAAUUUGGACAACUGUUGUACACGGGAUAUAAGAGUCGAAAGGUACAACUUGGACGCUUUGAAACAAUUAGUGUUGCCAGCUCACGAGGAAGAAAAUGAAAAGGAAAAAAACAGAGGAAGAAAAAGAAAACUAUCGGAGGACUCCCAUGACUACCCUGAACCAAGUGAUAACUUACUUUCGCCAUUAUCAAAACCGGUACUUGUAAAAGAAAAAAUAUCGACACAAAGUGAAGAUGACUCGAAAAAGGUUACUACAAAUAUUGACUCGAAAACGGAGGACGUUAGUUUAUUGGAGGGUAAAAUGGACGCUGAGAAACCCGAUACAAAGAGUGAAAUUAAAACGAGUGACUCAAAAACGAAUCAAUCGAAAAAUACUAAAAAAGUGAAAAAAUCUGAAAAUAAGAUCGAAGGGGUCCAAGGGUCAAUCCAAGGGCCGAAACAAAAAAUGAAGGUAAAAAUAACGGUAAGAUACCCAAAGAUAUCAUUCAAUCGGAGAUUAAAAAAGAUUCGAAAAAAUCUGAAGAUAAAACCGAAGAAGACAAUCCAAGGGCCGAAACAAAAAAUGAAGGUAAAAAUACCGGUACGAUACCCAAAGAUAUCAUUCAAACGGAGAUUAAAAAUUAUUAAAAAAGAUUCGAAAAAAUCUAAAGAUAAAAUCGAAGCAGACAAUCAAAAGGCUAAUACGAAAAAUGAAGGUAAAAAUACUGGUACGAUACUCAAAGAUAUCAUUCAAUCGUAUUUUAAAAAACAUUCGAAAAAAUCUGAAGAUAAAACCGAAGAAGACAAUCAAAAGGCUUCUAAGAAAAUCAGCAAAGACGUUCCGCAAAGUCCUGAUACAAAAAUCAACAAAAACGUAUUAUUUUCUAACGAUACAAAUGGUCGCUCGAAUCGCGUGCCAGAGACUUCUACUAAAAGAAUCAGCCUAAAAUUCCCGAUGAGUCCGGCAAUUAGCGCGCCCAGGACGGGUCCCCAUGGGAGUUUCGUGUUCCCUGAAACCAGCUCGCCGAGGCAGGUGUCGACCGACAAGCAAAAUAACGAGAGCAAAAAGACGAUCAUUCCAUUCGAAAAAGAGCUCUCGCUAAUUCUUAAAGACCGUGAAAGAUUGCACCAAAUCGACGACUACGACGACAACGACGACGACGAGUAUUACUUCACGAGUGAAGGUCGAAAGGACGAAAAAUAUGCUUAUCUCGACGUUGCUCUUCGACGUGCCUUGGACGUCGGAAAGUCUGCUCGUAAAAAUGCUUAUCAAGAUCAAAAUUCGAGUUGUCGCAAAACGAACGAUGUCGGUAAAAUGAAAGAAAUCGAAGAUGUCAAUCGAAGGGCUGAACUGAAAAAUGAAGGUAAAAAUACUGGUACGAUACCCAAAGUUAUCAUUCAACCGGAUAAUAACAGAGAUGUGAAAAAAUCUGAAGAUAAAACUGAAGAAGUCAAGCAAAAGGCCGGUAAGAAAAAUGAAGGUAAUAAUACCAGUACGAUACCCAAAGUUAUCAUUCAAUCGGAUAUUAAAAAAGAUGUGAAAAAAUCUGAAGAUAAAACUGAAGAAGUCAAGCAAAAGGCCGGUAAGAAAAAUGAAGGUAAAAAUACCAGUACGAUACCCAAAGUUAUCAUUCAAUCUGAAAAUAAAAAAGAUAUGAAAAAAUCUGAAAAUAAAAUCCAAGGGGUCAAUCAAAGGGUCGAAACAAAAAAUGAAGCUAAAAAAAGAGUCUUGAAAAGUCUGGGUGUUAGAUUCUCAGAUCAAAUAGAAAGUAUCCAAAGGCCCAAUACAAAAAUUGAAGCUGAAAAUAAUAAAUCGAAAAUUUCACAUGUUCAAGCUUCGCAUAAAAAAGACGUACAACGACCCGUUACAAAAAAUGCAGUUAAAUUUACCGGUACGAUACCCAAAGUCGUCAAUGGGCUGGGAUACAACGAAGUUGCUAAGAAGCCCGAUCUGAAAAUUGAUGCUAAAAAUAUUGUCACCCAAAACGAAAAUGUCAGCCAGCUGAAAAAUAAUAAAGACGUAAAAAAAUCGGAAAAUAAAAUUGUAGGGGUUAAACAAAAGGCUGAAACAAAAAAUGAAGCUGAAUACACCGGCACGGUAUCUAAAGUUUUCAAUCGGUUGGCAUACAACGAAGUUGUUAAGAAAUCCGAUGCCAAGAGUGAAGUUGAAAUGAUUUACUCGAGAAGUUCAGAUAUUAAAUCUUCGAAUAAAAAAGUCGUACAACAACCCGAUACUCAAAAGGAAGUUAAAAAUACUGGUACGAUACCUAAAGUUUUCAAUCGGUUGGCAUACAACGAAGUUGUUAAGAAAUCCGAUGCGAAGAGUGAGGUUGGAAUAAGUGACUCGAAAAGUUCAGAUAUUAAAUGUUCGAAUGAAAAAAUCGUACAACAACCCGAUACUCAAAAGGAAGUUAAAAAUACUGGUACGAUACCUAAAGUUUUCAACCGGUUGGGAUACAACGAAGUUGUUAAAAAAGAUUCGAAAAAAUCUGAAGAUAAAACGGAAGGAGUCAAUCAAAAGUCCGAUCCGAAAAAUGAGGUAAAAAAUGGAAAUGAAGAUUUACGAAAAUCUGAUGCGAAUAAUCAAGUUAUGCCCAAUGCAAAAUUCCAGGUUGCAAAUAAAGAUCAACGUGACUCUGGCGUCGAAUCGAAUAUACAUAAAAUUGAUCGCUCGAAUCUCUCGAAGAAAGAUGAAAAAAUUAGCAAAGACGUCCCCAAAGAUCCUGCUAAGAAAAUCAGCAAAGACGUCCCCGAAGGUCCUGCUAAGAAAAUCAGCAAAAACGUCCCCGAAGGUUCUGCUAAGAAAAUCAGCAAAGACGUUCCGGAAAGUCCUGAUACGAAAAUCAACAAAAACGUAUCAUUUUCUAACAAUACAAAUGAUCGCUCGAAUCGCGUGCCAGAGACUUCUACUAAAAGAAUCAGCUUAAAAGUCCCGAUGAGUCCGGCAAUUAGCACGCCCAGGACGGGACCCCACGGGAGUUUCGUGUUCCCCGAAACCAGCUCGCCGAGGCAGGUGUCGACCGACGAGCAAAAUAACAAAAGCAAAAAAACGAUCAUUCAAUUCGAUAAAGAACCAUCGCCAAUUGUUAAAAACCAUGAAACAUUGCAUCAACUCGACGACGACAGCGAUGAUGAUUACUUCAAGAGUGAAGGUUGCGAGGUCGGAAAAGAUGCUUUUCUCACCUGCUCGGACGUCGAAAACUCUGCUCGUAAAAAUGCUCAUCAAGAUCAAAAUUCGAAUUGUCGCAAAGCGAACGACCUCGGUAAAAAUGUGAACUCGGAGUCAGUUGCUCAUACGAAUACGAAUAACGAGAUCGUCGAAGAAAAUGUGAAGGACUUCAUUCGAGCAGCCGCCAAGAAAGAUCAAGUGCGACAGCCGCAAGUAAAUCAUCAGACUAAUCAUCGACAGAUUCAAGGAGGUGGACCAAAUGCUCGAGACAAUAUCCAUCAGGCCGAAAAUGGGAAACAUCUUCAACAAAUACAAUAUAACAAACCAAAUGCUCGCGAAAAUAUCCAUCAGGCCAAUGAUAUGAAUCAUCAUCAUCAAAUGAAACAUCAUGGCCCAUAUGCUCCUACGCAUAUCCAUCAGGCGGACAAUCGGAGACAAUUUCAACAGAUUCAACAUACUGGACCACAUCCACCAGAAAAUAUCCAUCAAGCCAAUAAUAUGAAUCAUCAUCAGCAGAUGCAACAUAAUGGCCCAUAUGCUCCGCAAAAUAUCCACCAGCCCAACAAUAUGAAUCAUCGUCAACAGAUUAAACAUAAUGGCCCACAUCCACCAGAAAAUAUCCAUCGGGCCCAUAAUAUAAAUCAACAUCAGCAGAUGCAAGAUCAUGGUCCAUAUGCUGCUGGGAAUAUUCCUCAGGCCAACAAUAUGAAUCAUCAUCAGCAGAUGCCACAUCAUGGCCCAUUACAUCAACAACAUCUCAAUACAAGUAAUCCUCAACAAUUUCAAAUGGCCAAUCAACAUAUUCAAGGAAAUGUUUAUCAUCAUCUCAAUUCAAGUAACCCUCAACAUUUUCAAAUGGCUAAUCCACAUAUUAAUGGAAAUGUUCAACACCAUCUGAAUUCAAACAAUCCUCAAAAAGUUUUAAAUUCGAGCAAUCCUCAACAAUUUCAAAUGCCCAAUCCACAUAUUCAUGGAAAUGCUCAACAACGUCUCCAUACAAGCAAUCCUCAACAAGUUCUUAAUUCAAGUAAUCCUCAACGGUUUCUCAAUUCGAGCAAUCCUCAACAAUUUCAAAUGCCCAAUCCACAUAUUCAUGGAAAUGCUCAACAACAUCUCCAUACAAGCAAUCCUCAACAAGUUCUUAAUUCAAGUAAUCCUCAACGGUUUCUCAAUUCGAGCAAUCAUCAACAAUUUCAAAUGCCCAAUCCACAUAUUCAUGGAAAUGCUCAACAACAUCUCCAUACAAGCAAUCCUCAACAAGUUCUUAAUUCAAGUAAUCCUCAACAAGUUUUAAAUUUAAGUAAUCCUCAACAAGUUCUGAAUUCGAGUAAUCCUCAACAAUAUCAAAUGGCCAAUCCACAUAUUCAUGGAAAUGCUCAACAACAUCUCAAUUCAAGUAAUCCUCAACAAGUUCUGAAUUCGAGCAAUCCUCAACAAGUUCUCAAUUCAAGUAAUCCUCAAAUGAUUCCCGUCGUCGAUCCAAAUCAUCGUGGUGAUUGUCAACAACAUCUCAAUUCGAGCAAUUCUCAACAGUAUCAAAUGGUAGAUCCACGUACUUAUGGAAAUUUUUAUUACCAAAUCAAUCCGAGCUAUUCUCUGCAAGUUUUCGAUCCACAUAAUCCUCAAAUGUAUGCAGUCGGCAAUCCACAUUUUCAGGGACAUGCUCAACAAUAUCCUUACCCCGGCAAUCCUGUAAUUUAUUACGUUAUGGCCGAGGGCACGGCGCCGUCCACUCAUCGAAACAAUGAGAACGUCGAAUCGCCUGAAAACGAUCGUCGGGGCAACGCUCUGAGCGCCGAGUGUCAUCCGCCGGGUGAAGGAGAGCACAAUUAUGAUAAGAACGAUGAUCGAAGUAGGGAUAGUGACGCAUCCGAAGGGCAUUACUAUCCGCAAGUACUAUCCCCGCAUCUUGAAGAAAAUCAUCAUCAAGAAGACGGAGGUGAAAAUGUUUCAGAAGACUUUUAUGAAAGAGAGUUUGACGAGACAUUGGAAGGUGAAUGCGAGGAACCUGAUUAUAAUGAGGGAGAUAGCUAUCAAGAAUGUGAAAGGGUUAAUGAACAACAUGAAAAUAAUGAUGGAAGAUGUGAUAAUCAAAGACCAGAAGAGCAUUCCUACCCACAAGAUGGUCAUGAAAAAGAUGAAGAAGAUGGUGCACAUUGUUUAGGAUAUUAUGAUUUGGAAGAUGAUAAUGAAACACCCGAAGCGUAUCGCUGCCAACAAGAUGAUCACGAAGGAGAUAAUAACGGCGCGCAAUAUUCGGAAGAUCAUUACGAACACCCUGAAGACGAAUACGACGCAGAUCUAGAGUCUUCCAAUUGGGACGAUCGUUGCGAGGAAAAUCCAGAUGAUAUCGUUCGAGCGGCCGAACCACAGCAGCAAAAUCGAGCCGAAUCCGAUGGAUCGAGCCAAAAUUACGUCUGCGGUCUUUGUGGCGCCGAGUGCAGCAGUAGCAGCGUCUUGGACAUGCACAUGAAGCGUCACUCGCCAACGACCUCGACGAAAAAGGACGAGACGACUCCUCCAACGCCUCGCUCGUGGAGCAACGUCUUGAAGAGUUCGGAAACAACAACAGCCGAGCCAGAAUCACCGGCAGCUCCGGUCGCCAAACAGCGGCAGCAGCAGCAGCGACAAGGAGGACAACGGCCAGAAGCGACGUCGAAUAGCACCACAUCCAACAACGACUCUAUCAGCCAACCGAAAAAAUCCAAAUGGCGAAAGGCUUUUGUCUGCACCAAGUGCCAUCGCCAGUUCCCGAAGCUCAGGAAGUUCGAGAUCCACUGCAAGCACAACUAUCUCGAGCUGAUGCACAAAUGCGAGGGCGAGGGCGGCCGCGUCCACAAGUACAGCUUCAGGCAGGCGCACGACCACUACAAAGCCGCGCACGGCGGCGACAACAUAAUACACGACGGGUGUAACACGUGCGUGUGCUGGGUGUGCGGGCGCAGCUUCGAGAGUGUGGAAGAGUGGAGGCAGCACAACCAGGAGGCGCACUUGAAGACGUUGUAAGAUCGAAGAAAAAGUUCGUAUCGUGACGAGGUUGUACACGUAAGCUUCGAGGAUCGUCAAUUACAUUGUGAAUGAAUAAAUGUAUCGUUGCAUAGACUGAGCGAUGAAUAAGUAACGAAUCGAUUGAUUUUUAAGUGUGUAAAUAAAAAAGAAGAAGAAUUGUAAAACUGA